UCCAUCCUUCUCUUUCCACAUCCGGCUCUGCCGUCAUCUCCUCACCCCCCUCUUUCGCCGGGUUCUGCCUUUAUAGGAGCGGCGCCGGCUGUCGUUCUGCCGCCGGCUUUAAUCUGCCUGGGAUUAACGAAGCUGAAUUCCGCCUCGUCAGGAUGUUUUCCUGGCUGGAGCCGCUGGGAAUGAGAUUAUCGGUGUCCGUGUUUCUCCCAGGGCCGCGUUCCCUAUCCUGACGGCAUCACCGGCGUCUCAUCCAUGCGGUGUUUUGAGCCGUUUGGGUGAUUUCUUACCAUUCCAUCUCCUCUUCCCAAUAUUGCCAUCAACCGAAAGGAGCGUCUCCGGUUGUUGCGUCACAGGGAGACGCAACCGGAAUUCUGCUUCCGCACUGAGAAAGAUUUGGGGUACUGGGGGACGAGAAGCUUGACGUGAGCCCAGAAGGCCAAUCGUGUCCUGGGCUCCAUCCAAAGCCCCUCUGCUCCCCUCUGGGGAGAUCUCGUCUGGAGGAUCGGGUCCAGUUCUGGAAUCCUCAACGGAAGAAGGAGAUGGAGCUGUUGGAACGGGAACAGAGGAGGCUCCAAAGAUGAUGGCAGGGCUGGAGCAGCUCCCGUACGAGGACAAGCUGAGAGAGUUGGAGUUGUGGAGAAGAAAAGGCUGCGAGGAGACCUUCUAGAGACUUCCCAGUGACCUGAAGGGGUUCCCGGAAAGCUGGAGAGGGAUAAAGCCUUGUGGGGAUGGGAUGAGGGGGAACGGGGAUAAACUGGAGAAGAUUUAGACUGGACGUUAGGAAGAAUUUCUUCACCACGAGGGUGGUGACCCUGUCCCAGGUUUGCCCCAUCCCUGGAGGGGUUCAAGGCCAGCUUGGAUUGGCCUCGGAGCCCCUGAUCCCAUGGGAUGGCCCUGCCCGUCGCAGCGGGGUUGGAACUGGAUGGUCUUUAAGGUCCCUUCCAACUCAAACUAUUCUAUGAGUCUAAGAGCCUCAGCACCAAGAAGAGGGAAUUGAGGGAUAAAAAAGAGGGAAUUGAGGGAUAAAGAAGAGGGAAUUGAGGGAUAAAAAAGAGGGAAUUAAGUGAGCAGGAUAGACGGAAUGAGACCACAGCUAUGGUUUCGGCAGCACUUCUAAUGAGAACCAUGGAAUAGUUUGGGUUGGGACGGACCUUAAAAGAGUUCGCACCUCAAAUCCUGAGUUCAGUUUCAGGUUCCUCAAUCCAAGAAGGACUUUUGAGGGGUUGGAGCGUGUCCAGAGAAGAAGAAUGGAGCUGGGAAGGGUCUGGAGCCCAGGGAUUGCGAGGAGCGGCUGAGGGACCUGAGGUUGUUUAGCCUGGAAGAGGAUGCGGUUUGCUGGGCACGGUGUGGCGUUGGGUUGACGUUUGGACUGGAUGAGCUUGAGAGAUUAUUUUUUAACUCCGGUGGUGCUGAGGUGGAGGACGACAACCGUUCGUUGAGUCGGCGCGUGGAAGAGCGUUUGUCUUCGUGGAGAUGUCCACCAAGGUGCCCAUCUACCUCAAGAGGGGCAGCCGGAAGGGGAAGAAGGAGAAGCUUCGUGAUAUCCUCUCGUCCGACAUGAUCAGCCCACCCUUAGGAGACUUCAGGCACACGAUCCACAUCGGAAGCGGUGGCGAGAGCGACAUGUUUGGGGACAUCUCCUUCCUUCAGGGCAAGUUUCAUCUCCUCCCCAGGACUGAAAGCAGUUUUGAUUCCGAUAAGGACAGCCCCGACGCUGCGCUGUUCGAGUUCUCCAGGACGGCCACUAUUUCUGGACGGGAGCAACCAUCCUCGGAGACUUCAUCUCCUCUCCUUAAAAACGCCAUCUCUUUGCCCGUUAUCGGGGGGCUGCAGGCGUUGACGCUGCCCUCGGCGCAAGCCCCACCGAAACCACCGCGUUUGCACCUGGAUGAUAAAUCCCCACCGGUACGGAGUUGGGAAGGCGAGGAGGAGAACAGUGAGGGCAGGAGCGCCGUUCCGCCGCCCUGUGCCUCGCGUUUCGCCUCGCCAACAAACGGCUUCACCGAAGAGAAGAGCAACGUUGAGCCGCCCUUUCUCUCCCACGCCGGCUCCCUCCUCUCCCUCCACGUGGAUUUAGGACCGUCCAUUUUGGAAGAUGUCCUCCAAGUGAUGGAGAAACACCAAGCAGAGAGAGUGGGUGGAGCUCUACAGGAUUCCGGCAGGCAGGAAAUCUUGACGUGAAGAUGACUUGAGGGAAAGACAUUGAGAAAUGGAGGAUUAUUCAUUUUUUUGGGAUUGUUUGUUGGUGUUUUUUUUUUUCCAAGGGGCUCUUAAAUUGCAGCUCAAACUCAAAAAGUUUGACUCCGCGCUCCCAAAUCCACGACAGUGAUAUCGUUUCCUCUCGCAGAGCGGGACAGGGGUGUUGAUCCUCUGUGCCGCUUCCCGCAGCUUUAUUCCCUCAGCACGGAGAGGAAAUAAACCCACCCUGCGAUGCCAAGACGGAACGGGCAGCGCUCCCUGCUGCAUUCUAUCGACUGCUUUAGCGCCGGAUUGAACCAACGGGUGGGAAAAUCGGACACGGCGCAGCUAGAAAUAGUUGUUCUACUGGAUGGGGUGGAACAGCAAUGGUUGAGCUCCAAAAUAUUCCAUUCUCGUGGGAUUUGGGAAGGGUUCUGCUUGACGAGGGGCUGCGGUUUGCACUCAAUCAAGGCGAAGGUGUGAAUUUGCCGUUUGCCAACCACUCGAAUCAUAGCGGUGAUGUCAAAUAUCAGCCUUCGUCUUGAUUUCGUCUUUUAACGAUUCCAUAAAUGGGUAAAUCAAGCGGUUAUGGGGCCAAAAGCUCCACCGGGAUUUAAUAUCGCUAGGGGAAAAGGUGGAAAAAAACCCCUUUUGGGUUUUGGUUUGGGAAUUCAAGCUAAAAUAUUCAAUCUGGAGCUCAGGGGUUGGAAUUUCAAGUGGGAAAUAAGAUGCAAAUCACUCAAAUGAAUUCAUUCAGUACAGGGUAAAGCGACCGCCCGGUCAGAUUCCUGCAUGAUAGGGUUGAAAUUCAUUCUCCCGGGAGAGACACCGCCUCCAUCAAUCGCAGAUUGUUUGGCUGGAGGGAGGAACGAGGGGGUGAAACCGCUUCGGCACGCGGGAAGGAAUGUGAAUCCCUUCUGCUUUGUAAAAUAUCAUCCUAAAAUCACUGGAAAUUCCAAUCCUGCUGACAUCAGAGCGAAUACCCGGCUACGAGGGCUUCCAUUCUCAUUCCCAAUCGCUUUAUCAAGGGGAUGAGAAUCCUGUUGGACUCAAUCAUGGUGUAAAAGCAAGCGGGAUCUCAUUUCCUGGAUGUCAUCAUUAAUUAACUGCAUUGUUUUUAACCAUUUCUGGUAGUUUUAGCCCGGAAUGAGGCUGGGAAUCUCUCCUAGUAAGGAAUUAAGGCACCACACUGACUUUUACCUGACCGUUCCUUUCUUUACAUCAUUGAUUGCUGUUUCUUACAGGUAUUGUUAAGUAACAACUCAUUAGAUUAACGAGCUCGUAGCUCGUCAUCAUGCAGUUGUGUCCCGGCUCUUCCUUACUCUUGUCCCUCUACAUCCCGCUGGAAAAGCAAA